AUGACCAACCGCCUUGCACCUUUGCUCCAAAUGCACCCGGUGGAGGUGGCUUCGUCCGAACUGACGGCGGCCUUGUGCAACAUCAUCCAUGAGUUGAAGCGUGCCAAAAAAGAGGAAUCACUCGCGGAGCAGGCUGCCGUUUUGCUGGACCUCUCGAACGCCUUGCACGAGCUCCGCCAGAGCUUGUGUACCACUCUGCACAGCAUCCGACUGCCUACCCUCGUAGAGCCCGUCGUGGCGCAGAUCUAUGUCAAGAGAAAUCAGCCGUGGUUAGAGGCAGUCCCUUUUGGCCGCCUCUGCCAUAAGUGGCGAGGGAAGCAGUUCCAGUUAUUGCACGAGGGGCAAGUAGUCUUCCCACGUGCUCGCCUGCAUGCAAUGGUCCCUGAGAAAGGCGAGGCUCUGGAGUUGCAGGUGCUGGUUGGGCAGGAGGCGCAUCCCAGCAUCAGAGUCGUCGUCGGCAGAACACCACCGGAAUUUGAAGAGUCCGGCUUGCCCAUGCCCUCAUUUCCGUUGUACGAAAUGUGCGAGCUGCAGACUCCUGUGCUUGGAGACACCAACCGUCUCCUCUUCGGAGACCUGCUUCUGCGCAAGCCGCAUGGGCACAUUUCAGCCAGACUCUUGGACCGCUUCAGCCACAUGGUGCAGACGGUACCCGCACUAGGAAGAAGACACCUAAACGAGUUCAAAGAGAACUUGCAGGCAACGGACCACAUCUUGCACAUCCGGGUCUCUGCGGACGGUCAAAGUUUAGCCCUGAGGGCCAAGCUCGCCUAUGACCCGCGCUACAUCCUCGUGCCCGUCUUGGAGAGCGAGACCAAACCUCCAUGGAACAAGAAGGAGUUCGCGAAUGUCUGCAAUGCCAUCCACAGUGCCGUGUGGUGA